AUGUUUUCCCGCUGGAGCUUUUUCUUCCAGUUUCUUGGCGAUGAUCGCCAAGCGAGCCGAGCAGAGCAAGUGGUGAAGCAUGGCUGCUCAAUGGAGCAUGACAUAGACAACACGUGCAAAGUGGAGUCUAACGACGAGAAACUGGGCCUGGGCAAACGUCUGGAGUGGAAGAUGGAUGGUAAGGUGAUGUUCUCGAUGCAGGACUUGGGAGUCGAGUCCAAAGCCAGGCCCAGGCUUGGCCUGCUCCCCCCGCAGCUGUACAUGCUGCCGGAGCUUCAGGAGCUUACCAGAAACUACAGCCUGGUACCAGUGUGCAUCCAGGAGGGCGACUGGAGUGAAGAUUCCAUCAAGUCCUGGGCCGAAAAGCUGAGGAAAGAGGGGGUGACUGCCGUGGUUGGCUUCGCCCAGAAGGAUGCCUGGCACCAUUGCCUCCUCAACCGCGCCUUGGGAUCCGAUUCCAUUUCCCCGCUUGCCUACCUCAUGUCCAUGAACAAGUUCAUGCAGCGCGCUUCUGUGGACUUGACUCCCGGAUUCUGGUUCAUGUCGGUGAACCCAGAUGUCGAGAAGGACAACUCAACCCUCAUCUCCAAGGUGCCCACCGAGCAAUGGCCGUGCAUGCUCAAGAAUACAUCUCUCUCGUUGGGAGCUGGUGUCUUCAAGUGUGAGGAUGAGCAACGCAUGGCCGAGAUCCUGGACGCCUACCGUGAGAAUGAGGCUCUCAGAACUUCCAUUGCCAACACUACGCUCGCCAUCACAUCGCGGCUCAGCGAGGCGGAAAGGGCUCUGAGUGCCGAGAUGUGUGGCGGGCCACCCCCGCCCUUCCUGGCAGAGCACUUGAUCGACAUGAAUGCGGGCUGGGUGGAGUACUGCUAUGAGGGGUUGGUGGAUUCUAGUGGCACGUUGGUCCACUAUGGCCUCACAGAGGAAGUCUACUUUGAAGACCACACAGGGCUUGCGUACAUUACUCCUCCGAUGAACUUGCACCCGAAGCAGAUCCCAAAGACAAAACAAUUCCUCGAAAAGUUCAUGGGCAAACUAAUCGAGGCUGGCUACAGACGCCAGUUCUGCAACGUGGAAUUUUGGGUCUCGGGCGGCAAGGAAGAAGAUAGAGAGCCGAAGAUGGUGCUCUGUGAGAUCAACCCUCGCUGUGCGCACACCUUCCACUAUGGAUACAAGUUUUCCGUGGGCAGCAAUCUUUACAGAGACAACUUCGAGCUGGUGCUCCACGACACUUUGCCUUCAGCGACACCGUUGUCCGAGUGGGAAAGUGGCGGCUUCCGAGUGUGCUGCGAGAUGCUGAUCAAUGUGAAGAACCAAGUGGACCCAACGACAGGCCACGUUAUCGUCGACAUCUCCGGCAAGAAAGCAAACGAGUGUGUUGAUUAUGGAUUGCUGGAUUCACUGCAAAGCCAAGGACGAGCACAGCUUGUCCGCCGCAUCAAAGCUCCAAGCUACGUGCUAACGAAGGAUGAUGCCAACGCCGGACCCGGAACCACACUGGCGCAGGUGUGGUUUUCCGGUCCAACGCACGAAGCUGUGGCCAAAAUGGAAGUGAAAUUGCGGCAGCAGCUGUACAAAAUUAGUCAGCCAGGUGCGGUCUAUCCAAAGUUUUGGUCAGAGCUGGCGGCCAUCUCCUGA